UUUCGCCCGUUACAAAAAACACAGUGACGGGCGAAAUAAGAAUAGUUUAUUUCGCCCAUCAGGAGAAUAUACAAAAAAAGGGCCGAAGUUUAUUUCGCCCGUUGGAAAAGAAAAAUUUGCAAAAUAAGAAACUGUCGAAAUAAAAAAAACUAGAUUAAUUCGCCCGUCAGAGAAAUUAUGACACGAUUUAUAGAAUAAUGGAUUAAUUAGGAGAACUAAAUUAUUUCGCCGUAUAAAUAAUUAAUCAUAACCUCCAAUUCAUAAAAAUUUUUUAUUGAUAAACAAUUUUAUUUUUUGAAAAAUGUCAGACUUAACAUUGAGUCCUUCAGCACGCACAAAGAGAAAAACAAUCGAAGCAGCAAAUAAAAUUAAGCAUGGUUCUCCGAAAUUGCACCAAGUAUUACGACAGAGAUGUCGAGAGCGAAUGCGGGAGAGGCGAGAUGAACUAUUCAAUGGACGUAGACUAGGACUUGAUUCUCCUCCAGAUGAUGUACAAGAAACUUUAUCAACUAUCCUUCGUAAAGAGUUCGAUGAAAUUAUUUCAGCAGACUUGGAAGAAGAGCCCUCCAAGUUGGUUUUUGAUGAUCCACUUGAAUUGGAAGAAGCUAUUCAGUUGGAAGCUGAAAUUAUGGUUGAAGAAGAACAAUGGAUCUUCGAAGAGUACUGCAGACAAUUAGAAAGAGAAGAGGAAGAAAGUAUGUCUGAGGAAGUUGUCUUCUGUCCAAUUUGUCUAAAAACUGCACUGGUCAAAGUAGCUGAAUUUAUAAACUGCAAAAAAUGUGAUAUUUAUUUUCCAACGCUAUUAAGUCUCACAGAGUUUAAGGACAAACUUUCUAAAGUAACAGAUGACCAUAUGUUGCACUGCACUAAACCACCAAUUUUCACAGUUAUGCCUGACAGUUCCGUUGUUGAACUCUUUAUAUGCUGUGAGACUUGUCAUUCCUUUUCACCAGUUUACUAACGAUCUUUAGCACUUUAAAGAGAACGAAAAUAAAUAUUAAUUGUUACUUAAAAAGAUGUUUAUUGCUUGAAAAGCAAAUUUAAAAAGAAUAUAUUUUUUGUAAGUAAAAAAUGACAUCACAUGUAUUCCUUUAUAUUUUUUAAUUAACUUCUUAACAAAAUAAUAACAAUCAUGCUAGUAAUAAAAAAAUGUAGUGUAAUUAUAAGUUUAGUAAGGAUUGGAAUUUCAAUUUGGUACAAAUAAAGUGAGUAACCAAAAGAUGCAUAUUGUACAAAAGAAACAUCCCAUCUUUGAUUCAUUUUUGUGUAGUUUACCAUUUACACUUAUACACAUAAUAAUAUUAUUUUUAGACAUUGAAAUUUCCGAGCAUUGCACUUUUUUAUUUCAAUUCAUUUGUAUAAAGAACUUUUUAUCAUAACUUUAAUACUCGAAAAUUUUGUCGACUUUACAUUAUAUACCUAAUAAUCAAAGUGUAUUAAAAUGAUUUGUACAUUAUCACAUGAAAUUUUUUAAUAAAACUUCAUAUUACAUAACAA